CUGCGGCGUCCCUUGCUCCAGCUGCUUCCUGGGCAGUCCAAGAUGGCGGCGCGCUGGAGUAGCGAGAAUGUUGUGGUGGAGUUUCGGGACUCGCAGGCAACUGCAAUGUCCGUGGACUGUCUUGGGCAGCAUGCAGUGCUUUCUGGGCGCCGCUUCCUCUACAUUGUUAACUUAGAUUCACCUUCUGAUGGCCACCGCAAGAUCUCGCGCCAGAGCAAGUGGGACAUAGGAGCUGUGCAGUGGAACCCGCAUGACAGUCACUCACACUACUUUGCUGCAUCGAGCAACCAACGAGUUGACCUGUAUAAAUGGAAAGAUGGUAAUGGGGAAGUUGGCACUUCCUUGCAAGGGCACACACGUGUGAUCAGUGAUUUGGACUGGGCAGUUUUUGAGCCAGACCUGCUGGUUACCAGUUCGGUUGACACAUACAUCUACAUCUGGGAUAUCAAGGACACUCGGAAGCCUACUGUCUCACUUUCUGCCGUCGCUGGUGCCUCCCAGGUAAAAUGGAAUAAGAAGAAUGCCCACUGCUUGGCAACCAGCCAUGACGGGGAUGUGCGCAUUUGGGACAGGCGGAAACCUGGCACUGCGGUGGAGUACUUGGCUGCUCAUCUCUCUAAAAUCCAUGGCCUGGACUGGCACCCAGACAAUGAGAACAUAUUGGCUACGUCCAGCCAGGACAACUCUGUCAGGUUUUGGGAUUACCGACAACCCCGAAAAUACCUCAACAUCCUGGCAUGUCAGGUUCCUGUCUGGAAAGCCAGAUACACGCCUUUCAGCAAUGGACUGGUGACAGUGAUGGUGCCCCAGCUGCGGAGAGAGAACAGCCUCCUCCUCUGGAAUGUCUUUGACCUGAACACGCCAGUCCACACCUUUGUGGGGCACGAUGAUGUUGUGCUAGAAUUCCAGUGGCGGAAGCAGAAGGAAGGAUCCAAGGACUACCAGCUGGUCACCUGGUCUCGAGAUCAGACACUUCGGAUGUGGCGAGUUGAUUGCCAGCUGCAACGGCUGUGCUCCAAUGACCUCCUGGAAGGGGUGGAGGAGCUCAUCGAUGGGAUUUCUCUCCUGCCAGAGCCAGACAAGGCCCUGCCUUCCCAAGAGACUGAGCCCCAGCAAAAUGCCAACCAUGGAGAAGAGGAAGCCUUGAAAGAAGACUCCCAGAAAAGUCUCCUGGUGGGGAAAAAGCUGGACCAGCUGGGGCUGCCUCAAACCUUGCAGCAGGAAUUCUCUCUGAUCAACGUGCAGAUCCGAAACGUCAACAUGGAGAUGGAUGCUGUAAAUCGUAGCUGCACCGUCUCCGUGCACUGCAGCAACCACAGGGUCAAGAUGCUGGUGAUGUUCCCUGCUCAGUAUCCCAACAAUGCUGCCCCCUCCUUCCAGUUUGUCAAUCAGACCACCAUCCCCUCCACCAUGAAGGCCAAGCUGCUGAAGAUCCUGAAGGACACUUCAAUGCAGAAGGUGAAACGGAAUCAGUGCUGCCUGGAGCCCUGCCUGCGCCAGUUGGUCUCCUGUCUGGAGUCUGUUGUGAACCAGGAGGACAGCUCCUCCAGCAACCCCUAUGCACUCCCAAACUCCGUCACGCCGCCCUUGCCAACAUUCCCCAGGGUCUCGAAUGCUUACGGCUCCUAUCAGGAUUCCAACAUCCCAUUUCCACGCACCUCUGGAGCCAGGUUUUGUGGGGCAGGGUACUUGGUGUACUUCACGCGUCCCAUGACGAUGCACCGCGCAGUCUCCCCUACAGAACCAACCCCCCGAUCCCUGUCGGCCCUCUCAGCCUACCAUAGUGGCCUCAUCACUCCCAUGAAGAUCCGUACAGAGACCCCUGGCAACCUGCGCUUGUACGGUGGGAGCCCAACACGCAACGAGAAGGAGCAGGUCUCCAUCAGUUCCUUCUACUAUAAGGAGAGGAAAUCCAGGAGAUGGAAGAGCAGCAAGCGAGAGGGGACGGAUGCUGCCAACCGGCCCAUCAAAGCUGCCGGGAAAGUGAUCAUUCAGGAUGUCUCUUGCCUGCUUCCUGUCCACAAAUUACUAGGGGAGAUGUACAUACUGAACGUGACUGACAUCCAGGAGACCUGUCAGAAGAACGCUGCCUCUGCCCUGACUGUGGGACGCAAGGAUCUCUUGCAGGUCUGGUCACUGGCCACAGUAGCAACUGAUCUCUGCCUUGGCCCAAAUUCCGACCCAGACUUGGAGACCCCCUGGGCCCAGCAUCCAUUCGGCCGCCAGCUCCUGGAUUCUCUGGUGGCCCACUAUUGCCGGCUCCAUGACGUGCAGACUCUGGCCAUGCUGUGCAGCGUCUUUGAAGCCCAGUCCAGGCCACAGGGAGCCCUGAUUCCUGUGGGAUUCUUUCCUCAACGCUCCUCCAGCCACAGCCGAUAUCCCAGCUUUACCUCCUCUGGCUCCUGUUCCAGCAUGUCAGACCCUGGACUCAGCACCAGCAGCUGGAACAUAGCCAGCAAAGAAUUGGACCACAUACAAGCCUGGGGCGAGUCUUCACCUGACGACUUCCGCUUUGGGAACUUGGCAUUCGCUGACCACCGGGAUCGGGAGAAGGAUCAGCAUGACAAGAACAAAAGGCUUCUGGACCCAGCCAACACCCAGCAGUUUGAUGACUUUAAGAAGUGCUACGGAGAAAUCCUUUACCGCUGGGGCCUGCGAGAGAAACGGGCGGAAGUUCUCAAGUUUGUCUCUUGCCCCCCUGACCCGCACAAGGGGAUUGAGUUUGGAGUCUACUGCAGCCACUGCCGCAGCGAAGUGCGUGGCGUUCAGUGUGCCCUCUGCAAGGGCUUUGCGUUCCAGUGUGCCAUCUGCCACGUGGCAGUCCGAGGCUCUUCCAACUUCUGCCUGACUUGCGGGCAUGGAGGACACACCAGCCACAUGAUGGAGUGGUUCCGCACUCAGGAAGUGUGUCCCACAGGCUGUGGGUGCCACUGCUUGCUGGAGAGCACUUUCUGACCAAGCAUCGUUGGAGCCUGAAUUUGUCCACACGUGGUCUCUGUUGGGCCACUCUUGGGAAGCAGAGAGGCUGUUGUCUUCCCAUGUUGCUUUCAGGAGGGGUGGCCAGUUGUCUUAGUUGCUGAUGGGUUGAUGCAGCACUCUGCCAGCAGACGUUUGGGUGGGAUGGCUUGUGGUCCAUGAGCAUCCCAUAAGCUCCUGGAGGGCUUCCUGUUUCAGCUGAGUAUCUUCCCUAAAGUGCAGGGAAAGCGUCUGUUAUUUGCAAAAGACAAUCAUUGGAGAGGGAUGGGGGAUUACAGGCCUCGCAGUCAGUCUGGAGAUGAGGAACAAAUCAAAUGCAUUUGCUGGAUACUUGAGAAAUUUGCAGCACACCAGGAACUGUGUUGUGAUCCAUUUCCCCCUGAACUACCAUUCCUUGCCCUCAUGAAGCUCCCUGUACUACACAAACAGAAGUAUCAAAGUUAGCAGAGAGAAAAAGAGGUUCGUAUACAUACAAGGGGGAAGAUGCACAAAGAGGCUGGGUUGGCUGAAGAGUCCCUUGUGCACAGAGUGCAGCGUAAUCAUUUCUGUGAGCGUAGAACAGAAAGCUCUCAACUGGAUUUCUUCUCUCUCUCCAUCUGAGAAUUGGGCAUGGCUUCAUUUCCAGAGAUGGGUGGCCUGUUUGAUUCGCUCCUUUUCCCCUCCUUUUCGUUUUAUAAAAGGCUGUUACUUCUGGGCCUACCUCAGUGACCUUUUUACUUGGCUGCGCCUAUUGCACUCCUUGAGGACCUGCCACCCAUUGCAGGACUGGAGUCAAUGGCCUGCCAAUUCUGGUGUGGAUUCUGUAAGGCCAAGAGUGUCUAAGAACAGCUGCAAGGAGCAGCACCAGCCACCGACUUUGCAGUAGUGAUUUCAGGACUCAAAGAUCAGUAUUUUUUCUUGCCAAAAUGCAUUCCGGCCCAAAGGGAAGGGCGAAGAAAGAGGCUCCCCUCUGGCCAGCAGGUGCCCAGAUUCCUUGGCGGAUGGAAAUGGGAGCCUGAGUGGAGUUCAUCUGUCUGCUGUCUGGGGCUUUGACCGUCAGGCUAGCUGAGACAACUUAGUGCAUGGACACUGCCUACAUGGUUCUUUUCCAGCCUUGUAGUUCAGGAAGUGUAUUUGUGUAUAUUCUGUAAUAAAAUGAGAACAUUUUAUAAA